UCUGGGAAACAGAAAAGGAAAAAACACCAAAACUUUCUAAUAUUUUCGAUUUUUCGCGUCAUAAUUUAUACGCCUGUAGAUAUACCUAGUGUAUAUAAUAAUAUACAGAGGAAAAGUUAGGGUUAGUGCUUGAAAAUUUUAGUCAAUUUGGAGUCGUUGAAACUUGAAAGGGAGAAAGGAAGACUUUAUUGUUUUUUUUUUUCCUGGUUGUGUUUGGGAAGCGAGAAAAUUUUUCUGAGGAAGUUCGAGGAACUGAGAAAGUGUGAUGCGUGAGGAAUGGAGAUGAUCAGUCCGCAGCCGCUGCAAACGAUGCCCUACGGCGCGCAUAUUCCGGCGCAGCUCGAGGGCGAUGACUGUGUCGGUGUCGACGGAGGCCGCGACGAGGCUGUGAAUGGAGGAGGAGUUGAGGAGGAGGCGACUCGGAGGAGCUCUGCAAUGGUGGCGAGUCCUAAUUCGGGUUUGCCGUCUCGGACGAGUGAGCUCACCAUUGCUUUCGAAGGCGAGGUCUACGUUUUCCCGGCGGUUACGCCGGAGAAGGUGCAAGCAGUGCUAUUACUAUUGGGAGGGUGUGAUGUACCCAGCUCUGUUCCUAGCUCUGAGUUUCUGCCAAAACAGAACAACAGGGGUGUAGAUGACCCGCCAUGGAGUUCGAAACUUUCAAGAAGAUUUGCAUCCCUUGUUAGGUUCCGAGAGAAACGAAAGGAGAGAUGCUAUGACAAGAAAAUUCGAUACAACUGCAGAAAAGAGGUUGCUCAGAGGAUGCAUCGCAAGAAUGGACAGUUUGCAUCAUCAAAAGACUCUAGGAAAAUUGAUGCUGGAAACUGGGAUUCAAGUGAUGGCACUCCUUGUGCGGAAUCUAUAGUACGUAGAUGCCAACAUUGCGGGAUUAGUGAAAAGUGUACCCCAGCAAUGCGGCGGGGGCCGGGCGGUCCAAGAUCUUUAUGUAAUGCUUGUGGACUCAUGUGGGCAAACAAGGGAACUCUGAGGGAUCUUACAAAAGCAGGAAGGUCUAUCACUUACGAUAAAAAUGAAGCGGAAAUUUCAGCUGAUAUUAAGCCUUCAAAUAUGGAUCCAGAAAAUUGCUAUCACGGCCAGGAUGAGCAGGGGAGCCCAGAAGAGACCAAACCUGGUUCAUUGGACUCUGAUAAUCCUUCCAUGAGGCUGAGUGAUCAGGACAUGCCAGAUAUGCAGGAUAUCCAGGAUAUUCAGGAAAUGCAGGGAACCACUGACAUAAUAACUGAUCAUAUGUCAAUUCAAGUUGAGAAUUCAUCAGUUGAGCUUGAUGAACAGGAAACUCUGGAUGAAUUUGCCAAUGCUUCAGGGACAGAAUUUGACAUUCCCGAAAACUUUGAUGACCAGAUAUCGGUAUUUAGUAGUCUGACGUCAAAUAUAGGAGACUAACCAUAUGAUUUUCCUGAUAUAACCUUUUUUCUGAAGGUGCAGUGCUGAUUACUUUCUUACUAACAAUGGAUUUAUCAGAUUUGGUUUAUGCUUAUAGACACAGGACGUUCAUGUGUAUCGGAGUAGCUAGACAUAACUAUCUAAUAAUGUGAUUAAGGUUCUGUUUUAUGCCUUUAUUGUCCUCUACUUAUUUUAUUUUUUUGGU